GUGGAUUACUGGAGCUGCAGGAGGUGGAUUGUAAAAGAGGAUCUCAGUUUGAAGGAUAAGGAGAAACCACAGAUGUGAGGAGGCAGGUGCGUUUCGAGAUUCGCACCUUUUUUUUUUUUUUUUUUUUUUUUUUUUUCAAUCUGAUUUUUCGUCCGGAUCCUGUGAAAUGCAACCUCUACCUGACAGAUGUGUGGCACCACAGCUGCAGCCUACAGAGAGUGUCUCCUGUCUACCUGCUGCAGAUCUGCUGUGGUCGGCGGUGGAGGACUGAGACUCCUACAGCUGCAAAUCUCCUCAUCAGCAGCAUCUGCCACUUCAAACACGACAAGACACAAGGGGACGGAGGCUGCUUUUUGCCUGAUCAAAGUGGCAGCUAGUCAAAAAGUACCUGUAGACGAUGACUCCGGCGGAGCUGUUUGCUUGACAGCAGCAUGAGAUAAUUGAGGACUGUCAUACUAAUCGCUGAUUCAAGCUUUUUUUUUUUCUGUUUGACGCUGAUGAAAAUGUUCCAGGGUGUCGUCAGUUGACUGACAGGGUGGCAGUGGUGUUCUAGGACGGGACAUAAGCCAGCAGCUGAAGCACAGACACCACGAAGGGGAUGGCUCGUCCGGGAUCGGGGUUGCUGGUGCCCAUCAACGGACUGGGGUACCCGCCUCAGAACCUGGCCAGGGUGGUGGUCUGGGAGUGGCUGAAUGAACACGGGCGCUGGAGGCCCUACAGUGCGGCGGUUUGUCACCAUAUCGAGAAUGUACUGAAGGGAGAUGCCCGGGGAAGCGUGGUUCUGGGGCAGGUGGACGCCCAGCUCUCCCCUUACAUCAUCGACCUCCAGUCCAUGCACCAGUUUCGGCAAGACACAGGCACCAUGAGACCAGUGCAGAGGAACUUCUACGAGCCGUCAUCAGCUCCAGGGAAAGGCGUGGUGUGGGAGUGGGAGAACGACAACGGCUCAUGGACGCCGUACGACAUGGAAAUCUGCGUGACCAUCCAGAACGCCUAUGAGAAGCAGCACCCCUGGCUGGACCUGACCUCUCUGGGCUUCUGCUACCUCAUCGACUUUAAUAGCAUGUCUCAGACCAACAGGCAGAGCCAGCGCAAGCGGCGUCUGAGGAGGCGCAUGGACCUGGCCUAUCCGCUCAUCAUGGGCUCCAUCCCCAAGUCCCAGUCGUGGCCCGUGGGAGCCAGCUCCGGCCAGCCCUGCUCCUGCCAGCAGUGCAUCCUAGUGAACAGUACGAGAGCGGCCUCUAACGCUAUUCUGGCCUCUCAGCGGCGGAAGCUCUAUGGAGGGACGGCGGGCAACCCAGGCGCUGCAGGAACCCUCACUGUAGUGCGGCAGAGCAACACCUUUGCAGGGACCUCCCUCUGGUCUCCAACAUCCGGCUCCUCCGGCACCAACAACAAUAACAUAAGUGUGGGAGGCGGGCAAGCCAAAGCUGAACAGGUGCAGUUGCCUCUGUCCACUGCCAACUUCCCCUGUUCCCCCGUGAUGCCAUCUCUUUCAUCCGCCCAUGGCCACCACGCUCUCACCAUCAACGGACAGAACAACCUGAACCGGCCGGGCACUCAACGCAUUUCCAUGGGAACUGCCAGAGGAGCCAUCCCACCAGGUGUUCCUGCCCUCCCAGUGAAGAACUUGACUGGCUCUGGACCAGUGCACCCAGCGCUUGCAGGUAUGACAGGUAUCCUGAUGUGCGCUGCAGGUCUGCCGGUUUGCCUGACUCGAGCCCCGAAGCCUAUACUGCACCCACCACCCAUCAACAAGAGCGACAUGAAGCCUGUGCCAGGGAUCAAUGGCAUGCGCCGCAAAACCAAGAAAAAGCACCUAAGGAGAGGGAAAAACCCGGAGGAUGUGGUGCGAAGAUACACGGAGAAGAUUAAAGUGGUGCCAGACGAGGACUGUACCAUCUGCAUGGAGAGGCUGGUCAUGUCAUCAGGCUAUGAAGGCGUCCUGCAGCACAAAGGCAUCAAGCCAGAGCUGGUGGGCAAACUUGGCAAGUGCGGGCACAUGUACCAUCUGCUGUGCCUGGUGGCCAUGUACAACAAUGGCAAUAAGGACGGCAGUCUUCAGUGCCCAACAUGCAAAACCAUCUAUGGGGAGAAAACGGGCACCCAGCCCCCUGGGAAGAUGGAGUACCACGUCAUCCCCCACUGCCUGCCCGGCUACCCAGACUCCAAGACCAUCCGCAUCGUCUACGACAUUCCUGCCGGGAUCCAGACCAAUGAGCACCCCAACCCCGGGAAGAAGUUCAGCGCAAGAGGGUUCCCUCGACACUGCUACCUGCCCGACAAUGAGAAAGGCAGGAAGGUUCUGAAGCUACUGAUCAUGGCCUGGGACAGACGCCUCAUCUUCACCAUCGGCACGUCCAGCACCACAGGCGAGUCAGACACAGUGGUGUGGAAUGAGAUUCACCACAAGACAGAGUUUGGCUCCAACCUGACCGGUCACGGCUACCCCGAUCCCAACUACUUGGACAACGUCCUGACAGAGCUGUCGGCCCAGGGGGUCGGCGAGGACAACCUGAAGGACUGAUGGCCAGCUGAGCUGGUACACAGGAACACAAAGCCCCGCCAUCUCCCAGAGAACAGGGACACUGCAUGACGGGCCAACAUGCAGCCGACAAGUCUUUACUCCCCACAAACAAAAAUAUCCUGCAGAAGUGGUGGCACGAGAGCAAUGGAAGCAAAAAUAAUGGUUAUAAUCAAUGUUAUGGUUUGUAUAACCUCGAAUUCCCCCUGCUGUCUCUUGAUUCAUGCCUUGAGCAUGGUGUGUCCAUGGCAAAGUGAUGGAAGCUGAUGGUGAUAGGUGCAGGUAAAUGGUAUUUAACGUGUUUUCGGUUCAACUGAAACUGUUCCUCUGCACUCGGAGUAAACUGACAAGGGGCCAAAACUAUACACAGGCAUCUUUGUAAAUGCUGAUCUCCAGAAUGCAUGGCCCCGACUAACGCUGCAUAAUGAAUGUUAAGCAAAUACCUGCGAGAGCGUGAGGUGUCAGCGGAUCAACUGUUGCUUGAUAUUGCUGAGAUACAUUUAAGAGAAUUUCAGCUUCUUAAUUGAAUGAAAAUCAAUUACUUGCUUCCCCUCGUUUACUUUUAUAAUUAAUUAUUGACCUGUAACAAGUGGUGAAACUUGGUUUUGUGAUUUGAAGGAGAGGAUCUUAGCUCUGCUGAUGUCAUUUAAGGUUGCACUGGGCAUCUCUGACAUUUUCCACUUCUGAUACAGCGGAUCAGUAAUUCUGUGUGUUCUGUAGUGCAUGACGUAGGUUCCAGAGAGUUAAAGACUAUGAAAUAGUGGUGUUUGGUAGUAAAUGUAUGUUGUAUGGUUAACCUUGUAGACUGUCUGUGAGAGGAGACGUGAAAUGGAUGAAACAAGCUUCUGACCAGUCAGUUCGCAGCUUGUUACAAGGGGUUGUAACUUGAAAGGCUGAGCUUGUGAAGUGGGAUUUGCGCCUACGCUCCAAGGUUAAACUCAUUUGUUUUGUUGACACACUGAUGACGCCGACCUCUGUGAAUAUAAAGCCUGCAUUAUUAUUCUCCCAGUUGGAGCAAACCCAGGCGUUGGCACGAUCCAUCAUGCUGACCAUACAUGAGAGGUGAUCGCGUGCUAGGAGGCAUUAAUAUGCUGGCGUUGAGUCCUUGAGGAGAAAAGCUGAACACACAGAUGGACGUUCCUCUUUCAGACCCCAACGGUUUUCCCAUUGGGGAUCCAUAGCACUCCUGCUCGCCUGCGAUCUACAAGUCUCUUGUGAGCUGGUUUGCUGUUAUUCAGUGCACUGAGCUCAUCUGCUUGUAUAGCGAGCAGUGAAACACCUCAUUCCCUGCGUGAGCUCACUCACAGUCGUUAGGGUUGAUCCUGAUGUAUGGCUUCGCCCUCAUUCACCGCCUCCUCCUUCUCUGCAGAGCGAGAAACCAUGCAAAUGCUGGUCCAGUAUGUUGUUGGUUGAGACCUUUUUUUUUUUUCUUUCAAACACUCUCCUCUUUCCCCCCUCUGGUUUCAUGCCUCUGAGCUAAAGACUAUUUGAAGGUCCUCGCUGGAGAUCCUGUGAUGUUUCUUUACCCAGAGAUUAAAGAUAACCCAGUGCUGCAUAAUUCUCCAUAAGUAUAUCUGAUCAAUUUUAAUGAGCGGGGGUGUUGGUGGAAGGUUUAUCAUGUGGGCACCCAGCUGUGGGCUUAAUUUGGGGGUGAAUCAUAGUCUUCCAUAGCACUUUGAGGCAACAUUUUUGUUUAAUCAGUCAUUUAAUUUUUAGGAAAAUGUCUUAAAUUGCAAUGAAAUUUGUCUUUUUUUAUGUUGAUGUUUAUAAAAAUGGCUUGCAAUGCUUUAAAUAUAUAUAUGUAUAUAUCUAUAUAGACAUAGAUAUACAUAUAGAUAUAUAUAUAAUAUACAUUUGCAGAUGUGAUAUACCUUUAAAUUCAAGCUCAAUUUGAGUCAAUGGUGUAAGUUUAAUUUAUUUUUAUACUCUUCUAUGUAGAAAAUAUAAAGACUGUCCCACAUAUCUAUACACAGGCACAUAUUAACAUGAAUACAUAAAAUCUGGCAAAAAAAAAAUUGUCAGUAUGUCAGGGACUGAAACAUGUAUGACUUGUUAUGGACGUCUUAUAUUACAAGUAGUCUUAGCGUAUGCUGCUGUUGUUACCUUAAUGUAGAAUCUGUGUAGUUGAUCCCCUGUGGGACACCAAUAAAUACAGUAAAUGUGUCUUUAUUAUUGGUGGGGAAGCUUUAGCAGCAUGAAGAUGGCCGUUUCCCCCCUCCCUCUCCCCUCUUCCUUCCCAAAAUGGGCAAUUUCUCUUUUUUCUACUUGUCCAGAACAUGGAAAUGGAUGCAGUCAGGCAGUUUUGUUGAGUAUGAAGGUGGAAACAGCCUGGGUUAAAGAUCAAACGGCAAAUAUUCUUAAGAGUUUGUUUUAGCUAACUGGAGCAACAAAGUGGUUGGAUUUAGUCAGUUUGUAACCAGAUAUAAAUACGCUAAAAGUCAUAAAGAAAUAUGUGUGUGA